AUGCAGAGCAUUGUCGAAUCAGUGUCAGACGCGUUCAGUGGCCAGUCUGCCAUAGCGUAUGAUAGUUCCCUUUCGGUGCUGGACAACCGAACGGGAAAGACGUAUUCGAUACCGAUCGCGCGAAAUGCAGUACGCGCUACGGAUUUCAAGCAAAUCAAGGGAGAUGGCUCUCGAGCCGACGUAGUGGAGCAAAUGGAAGCUGGUUUGAGGAUACUGGAUCCAGGAUAUAUGAAUACUGCAGUUGUGGAAUCAUCGGUUACCUUCAUUGAUGGGAUCCGCGGCACUAUCCAUUACCGCGAGCAUUCUCUUGACAAAGUCGUCCGCGACAAUGAUUGGGAGGAAGUUGUUUACUUGAUCAAUUGGGGACAUUUGCCUACCUUGACCGAGAAAGUACGAUUUCGGAAAGAUCUCGCUGCCAACAUGGUACCGCCUCAGCCUGUAGUCGACGUGAUUCGCGCUCUACCACGCGAUGCGCUCAUCUGCUCGAUGAUGCAGGCUGGACUAGCUGCUUACACAUCUUGUGACAAAGGAUCAAGGACCGUCCAUAGUUCUGGAAGGCCACAUUAUGUGAAGAACAUGCCGGCAGUUGACGCUGCAAUUGUAAGAACUCUGUCGGCCUUUGCGGUCGUCAUCGCCCUUGCGUACUGCCACAAGCGAGGCAAAGAGUUCACGGCAGCAGAUCCCAAUGGAUCGUUCAUUGGCAACUGUCUGCUCAUGAUGGGCUUCACCCAAAAUGGCAAGCCUGAUGCAACCAUUGAGCGGUGCUUCGAGAAGCUCUGGAUCCUCUACGCCAACCACGAGAUGACCAACUCCACAGCAGCAUUCCUACACACUGCCUCUUCCCUCACCGACCCAAUAUCGGGCUUGGCGGCAGCCCUCCUCUCUGGCUACGGCCCCCUCCACGGAGCCGCGAUUGAGUGUGCGUUCACCGACUUUGAGAGAAUCGGAGUGCCUGCGAACGUGCCAGCGUUCCUCGACGAGGUUAAGGGCGGCAAGCAACGUCUUUUCGGCUAUGGCCACAGGGUGUACAAGGCGGUCGACCCCAGGGCGAAGUGGAUCCGAGCGAUGCUCGAUCAGCACAAAGACAGAGUAUAUGGCAAUGAGCUGCUCCAGGUCGCGAUGGAAAUCGAUCGAUUGGCGCUCAACGACCCGUACUUCAAAUCAAGGAACCUGAAGGUCAAUGCAGAUCUCUAUGGUACGUUUUUGUACACUGCCAUGGGGUUUGAAACCGACAUCAUCGUUGCUAUGUGCUCCUUGAGUAGGGCGGGUGGGUUGAUGGCUCAUUGGCGCGAGGCUAUGGGGCAGAAGCCAUGUAUCUGGCGCCCACAGCAGGUGUUCACAGGGUCCAUCCCACAAGGCGCGCGUGCCAAAUUGUGA